AUGGCCAACUCCGGCAUGGACGUCGCGACCUCGAGCUCCGUGGGCCCGGACCCUGUGGCGGGGUCCGCGGAAGUGGAGGCCUCUGAGUCGGACUUCGACAUCGACAUCGAUGCGGAGGAUCUCAUUCCAGGCUAUGAAGCGAUGCGAAAAGGUAUGGAGGAUCCCGUUGCUGGGUCCCAGUCGGGAGCUGUGACCGUGGCCAGCCUGAAAGCCACGAAGUCCAUGUUGGGUUUCGAAGACGGCAGCAGUUCAGGAAGCAGCUCUGAGGGCGAGGCUGCUGUGGCAGAAACUGUGGCAGCUCCGCUGGGUCUGCUGGCGGUGCCUUGGAAAUGUCGAAACGUGGCGGCACCCCCAACCUCCACCGCUGCGCCCCUGCCGCCGCCGGCCUCGGCCGCGGAGCCACUGCCGGAGGCGGUGGCAGCGGCAGCGUCCAACAGCGGGAAGGCCAGGGCGAUCCUGGUGCCACCCAACGAGGAGGCACCACUGCCGGCGCCAUCUGUAGCGCCAUCUUCCUGCCACUCCGAAGAUGCGGCAGACUCGGCCGCGGCGCAGCCACGGCAUCCCCUGGAUCAGAUCUUGAUGGAGGCGCCAUCUUCCCACUCCGAAGCUGCCGCGGCGCCACGGCAUCGCCUGGAUCAGAUCUUGAUGGAGGUGAAUGAUCCAACUCCGGCUUCGGAGGCCGAUCUCUUUACCUCCGUAGCCCCAGCGGUGGAUGCUGAGGAGCUUCAGCCAGAGGUAGAGGCGAAGGUCUCGGGCCGCCCGCGGGAAGUGGCGCAACCCGCGGCCGCGGCGGCGCUGGAGGGAAUCACACCGACGUCAGAGGCGGAGUUUGGACCGGUGGAGGAAACGAAGGAAACGAAGGAAACGAAGGCCGCUGCCCCCUCAGCUGCCUCCACCGUGGCCGCCUCCAACGAGAGCUCCCGGGAGAGCGGGGAACGACGGCUGGCAACGGUGGCCGCGGUGGCCGCGGCCGAAAAAACGGCGACCCCAGCAGCUGCCAGCAGCGCGUCCCGAGAAGAAUGGGAUGACAUCGCGCGGCAGAACGAAAUUUCGCCUCAGAACGACCCAGUUGAAUCCGAUUCAUCAGAUUUGGAAAAGGAAUGGGAGGAGAUCGCCCUAAAGACCGAAGAAUUGGCCAAGAACGCUCGAGAGGCUCAGGGCGUGGCCGCAGCGAAGCAGGAUCUGCUCAGUACGCCGAUUAGCUACAAAGAGGUAACUCAAUGGUUGCUGAUGCUGGAGAUCAACAAGGAAGCGCUCCAGGAAUUCCGAGAGUUCUUUCAGCAGAACGUUUGGUUUCGGCUUGUGGAGGAUGAUAGCGCACUUCCCUGCGGUUGUUUCAAGCGAAGUCGCCCAAGAUCCGAUGUGCCGGGCCUUGACAAGAAGCUUUGGGCCGAGAGGGACCUGGUGCUCUUUUUGAAAGUGACCCACUUCGACUUCAACGACACCGUCCAUCAUCGUAGCUGGGCGCCAGGGUUUUUUAAGGACCUGCCAGGCGGCCUUCCAAAGUCGGUGUGGCCAUUGGCCGAAGUUCCCAUCCUGCAUUGCGGCGUUGAGGUUGACCACCCAGGAUGGUGCGUGACCUACUGGGACCUGGCGUUCUUGCGGCAAGAGGUCCGCGAGGCGCUUGAAAGUGGCCAGAUUCAGCUCGAGGACGAUCAGGACGAAGAGGUCUACGGGCCCAGCAUCUACAGCGAACAAUACAUCAAACCCGUGACGCUGCAAGCGGGCAAGGUUAGCUGGGCCUUGAUGCAACAUCCAGAUGGUUUGGACUGCGACCUGUUCAUCAGCCAUGCCUGGCAAGAAGGUGUCUUUGAAUUUCUGAGCAAGGUGACGUACAGCUGGCCCUGGGGGUUGCGAACUGCUUGGUGCUGCAUGUUGGCGAAUCCGCAGAACUUGAACAUCUCAUCGUUUUUGAAGUCCCCCACUAGUUCGCCCUUCGCAGUGGCGUUGCGCGCCUCUAAAGUCAUGUUGGUGGUCCCAAACCGACAUCAAAGUGUCUACACGCGGCUGUGGUGUGCAUAUGAGGCUUAUCUGGCCCAAGAAGAGGGUAAAACCAUUCUGAUCGCCCACUCCUCCCAUUUCCCAGAGAUCUUGGCAGCCUUACCUUUGAUGGCAACGGCUGCCGUGCUGGGCGUAGCCUUGGGCUUUGCUUCUGCCUUUCUUCGAGUAGGGGGGCCUUAUGGCGGUUCGGUACUGGCCAUUCUGCUGGUGGCCGUGAGCCUGGUGGUGCAGGAUGAAAACUGUCGAAGGAUGAUGCAUCUGCUGGGCCAGAUGCUGUGCUGGGUUCAAAUGAUACAUAUGGCCGGCUGGGUUGUCAAAAAUGAGGAAGGUGUCUCUCUUGAAGUGAACUACGCCUUGCAUGUGUGCUACUGGCUCAAUAUUUCGCUCGCCUUCUGCUUUAUGGAGGUGGAUCGAAUCCAGGCGACGUCCACUGUGUUAGAAGCAAAGGAGCUUCAGCAGGGAUACCAAGGCUCCAUCGAGCAUGCAACAUGUUCGCAAGAAACAGAUGCUACAAGCAUCCGCAGAGAGAUUGCCGACCAGGUGCCUUGUGUUGACCAUGCCAUUCACGUCUUGCUCACUGCCGGCAUGUCAACUCCAGCAUUGAGAGAUAUUGCGCGUACGGUGCGGAUUGAACAUGCGGCAUUUUCAGAGAUCACAGCGGCUGUGUUCCUGCUUGGUCCUGUGGCCUUUGCAGGCUUCGCAGCGAAUCUUCUUCAAGGAGUGAACGCAGGUGAGCCUGCUUACCGCGGCACUCUGGUGGGUAUAUCUGUGCUGUCAAGGUUGAUUCUGUUGCUUUCGCUCUGUCGAAGUCACUGGGACGAGCAGCGCUACAUUCUGAAGAUCAUGAGCAAGUUCCUAGCAGUGCUUUUCUGGGUGUAUCUGUGCAUAAUGCUUCUUGCCAUUUUCCUGCGCAAGUUCAGCGUCGGUGCUGCAGCCCGCACCUGGCUACUCAUUGGAGAUAUUUGCUCGGUGCCCACAGUGUUCUUUGCAUUCUUAGGUAUUAGAGGCCUUGCAAGUCUUCCCCUUGGCCUCACAGUCCUUCAGAUCUUCUUCAGUAGAGGGAACAAUGUUCUGGAUGCUCUGAGAGUAUGCGUCCGACGUGAACCAGACGUGGAAAGCGAGUCCGCUGCAGCUGACUCCGAUGACAGCGGGAGCUAA